GUAGCAGUUAAGGCGAGGAGCCCUCGCUGACAUGUCUACGGACGGGUCUGCUGGAGCAGGGUCAGCGUCCUGUCCAAUUAGGUAAUCACCCUAGCCAUUCUAGCUUGCCUCUAAAAACCAAGGGGCUGUAAGCUUUAUGCUAAGAAGGCUUCCAAGGCAAGAGCAUAGUACGUGAUCAGGAUGCCAGUUCUCAGAGCAAAAGGUCUUGCUGACACAAGCUUCGGCAACAUCACGCAAGCUGUACUAGCUAUACUGGCUGAGCCUUUGUGUUUGACUAGACUCCCCCGGGCAGUAUUUAGGUGCCUUGCCGCCAGAUCCUUGACUCAAGCAAGGGUUUGGGCACCCUUGCGCUGAGCGCAGGCCAGGUUUGAAGGGUUCAUCGGCAUGACCUUCUUGGGAACAUUGCUAUGAGGUAAUAUAUACUUUAUUCGUUGCGCUAGUCUGGUCUGGUAAAGGCUGGGGAAUAGCGUACAGGAAAAUGAACAACGCCCACGAGGUCGAGGCGACUCAGGUCGCAGCGUACUUCAACGUCGACCUUAAUGUUGGCCUUUCUGAUACUGACGUCUUCAAGGCACGUUCACGCUAUGGCCGGAACGAGCUUGCUCCGGAAGAAGCCACGCCGCUCUGGAAGCUCAUCCUAAAGCAGUUCGAUGACCUCUUGGUCAAGAUUCUGUUGGCGGCUGCGGUGGCGGAUUUCGUGAUUGCCAUGAGCGACGGAGAGGGGGUGCUGGGUGCGCUUGUGGAGCCAUUUGUCAUCGUACUCAUUCUGGUGGCCAAUGCCACUGUGGGAGUGGUUACGGAGCGCAAUGCGGAGCAGGCCAUAGAGGAGCUGAAAGCGUACGAGGCCGAGAGUGCCACGGUGCUCCGCUCCGGUCAGCUGCAGCUGGUGCCCUCGGGCGACCUGGUGCCGGGGGACUUGGUGGAGGUGGCGGUGGGGGGCAAGGUGCCGGCGGAUGUGCGCAUCAGCACCAUCAUGGGCAACGUGCUGCGGGUGGACCAGUCCAUCCUGACGGGUGAGAGCCACAGCAUUGAGAAGCAGGUGGAGCCGGUGUGCGGGCCGGGGGCCGUGUACCAGGACAAGACGAACAUGCUGUUUUCGGGCACGCUGGUCACCUCGGGUCGCGCUCGCGGGGUGGUGGUGGGCACGGGCGCCGCCACCGCCAUCGGCCGCAUCCGGGACGCCCUGGCCGCCGCCAACGCGGAGAGCGAGGAGGCGGCGCAGCGCACGCCGCUCAAGCAGAAACUGGACGAGUUCGGCACGCUGCUGUCGAAGGUCAUUGCGGCCAUCUGCGUGAUCGUGUGGCUGAUGAACAUCCGGCGCUUCAGCGACCCAGCGCUGGGCGGCUGGCUGAGCGGCGCGCUGUACUACCUCAAGACGGCGGUGGCGCUGGCGGUGGCGGCGAUACCGGAGGGCCUGCCCGCGGUGGUGACCACCUGCCUGGCGCUGGGAACCAGGAAGAUGGCGAAGCAGAACGCCAUCGUCCGCUCGCUGCCCUCCGUUGAGACGCUGGGCUGCACCACCGUCAUCUGCUCCGACAAGACCGGCACCCUCACCACCAACCAGAUGAGUGUGGUGGGCUGUGCGGUGGUGCAGAGCGGUGCACCGGGGGCGGGCGGGGCGUCGCUGGCGGAGUUUGAGGUGACGGGCACCACCUACUCGCCCGAGGGUAUGAUCCUGGGUCCCUCCGGUGCCGUACUGCAGCGCCCCGCCGACUCGCCCUGCCUGCUGCACCUGGCCAUGGCGGCGGCGCUGUGCAACGACUCGGCGCUGGUGUACCGCCCAGACAAGGGCACCUACCAGCGUAUCGGUGAGGCGACGGAGCUGGCGCUGCGCGUUUUUGCAGAGAAGGUGGGCCUCCCUCCCUCCGUGGCCGACCACCCCGGCCCCCUCUACGUGGCGCCCGGUGCCGCUGCUGCCGCCGUGUCGGGGGGUGCGGGUGCGGGGGGUGUGGUGGGGCGGCGGGAGCUGCACUGCAACGCACACUGGAUGGAGCGAUUCAACCGCAACGCCUCCCUGGAGUUCACACGCGACCGCAAGAUGAUGAGUGUGAUGGCGGUGGGGGACGCGAGGUGCAUCAUGUGGAGCAAGGGUGCCCCCGAGAGCAUCCUGCCCCGCUGCACCUCCGUCCUCGCAAACAACGGCGAGGGGGUGGUGCCGCUCUCCGACGCCGCCAGGGCCCAGCUGGCUACUGCCGUACAGCGGUUUGGCAGCCGUACACUUCGAACCCUGGCACUGGCGUACAAGCCGCUGCCGGCGGGGACCAAGACGCUCUCCCCCUCUGACGAGUCGGGCCUCACCUUCCUGGGGCUGGUGGCGAUGCACGACCCGCCCCGCCCCGAGUGCGCCCGGGCGCUGCAGAUGUGCAAGCAGGCUGGUAUCCGGGUGGUGAUGGUGACGGGUGACAACAAGGCCACUGCGGAUGCGGUGGCGCGCCAGGUGGGCCUGAUGGCGCCGCGGGAGGGAGCAGGCGGAGCGGGAGAGGAGUCGGAGGAAGGGCUGGAGGGGCAGCUGGGGCUGUCGUACACGGGUAAGGAGGGGCAGCUGGGGCUGUCGUACACGGGUGCCGAGUUCGACUCGCUUCCCUCGCCCUCCUCGCGCUCCCUAGCGGUGGAGCGGCUGGCGGUGCUGAGCCGGGUGGAGCCGCUGCACAAGCUGAGGCUGGUGGAGCUGCUGAGGGAGCGGGGCCAUGUGGUAGCCAUGACGGGCGACGGAGUGAACGACGCCCCCGCACUGGCCCGUGCGGACAUUGGGGUGGCCAUGGGCAGUGGUACGGCGGUGGCCAAGGGGGCAGCGGACAUGGUGCUGGCAGAUGACAACUUCGCUACCAUCGUUGCUGCGGUGGCCGAGGGUCGGGCCAUCUACAACAACACCAAGCAGUUCAUUAGGUACAUGAUUUCCUCCAACAUCGGUGAGGUGGUGGCCAUCUUCGUGGCGGCGCUGCUGGGGGUACCCGAGGUGCUCACACCCGUGCAGCUGCUGUGGGUGAACCUGGUGACGGACGGGCUGCCCGCCACCGCACUCGGCUUCAACCGCCCGGACAAGGACAUCAUGUCCGUGCGACCCAGGAGGCUUGACGAGCCCAUUGUGAACGGCUGGCUGUUCAUUCGCUACCUAGUGGUGGGACUGUACGUGGGUCUUGUCACCGUGGGGGGCUUCCUCUGGUGGUUCCUGGCCUUCCCGGCAGGCGGGCAGCUGAGCUGGGGGCAGCUGACGGCCUUCCAAAAGUGCUCCGAGACCGCUGCCCAGGCCGCCGGCUACAGCUGCUCGGUGUUCGAGUCGCGGCACCCGCGCACUAUCGCAAUGUCGGUGCUGGUGGUGGUGGAGAUGUUUAACGCGCUCAAUAACCUGAGCGAGAAUGCUAGUCUGCUGGUGAUCCCCCCCUGGGACAACCGCUGGCUCCUGGGCGCCAUCGCCACCUCGCUCUCCCUGCACGCCGCCAUCCUCUACCUGCCGCCCGCUGCGGCGCUGUUCGGAGUGACGGGGCUGAGCGGAGCGGAGUGGUGGACUGUCAUUUGGCUGUCCGCCCCGGUGGUGCUGCUAGACGAGGUCAUGAAGUGGAUCAGUCGGCG